UCAGUUAAUUUAAACCAAGUCAAGUGUUAGGAUUCAUUUAAUCUAAACCAGUUCAAAAUAAGCAACACAAACUCAGGAAUGGGGAAUGGAUAUAUUUAAGAAAACCUAACAAUAUGUUCUCGAGUGGGAGUCACAUCAUCUGGUAGCAGUAUUUACAAAAAUAAAAAGUGGGUUUCUACCAGAAAUAAGGAAAACCGAAGAUAUCAUACUCAUCAUUUGAAAAUCUUCAAGAAAAUUUGAUGCAACUGAUAAUGUAUUUGACAGAAAGAUGGUAAUGGUGAAAUUCUACCUGGUAGUUCGAGAAUUGAGGGACUUUCUGAUAAUAAUUUGCUACCACUUCUCCAACAGGGAUUUAAUAAUUACUGUAAUACUGCGAAGGAAAUUCGAGAUGAGUUUAGAGAUUAUUUUAAUUCACCAGACGGAGAAGUUCCUUGGCAGUACAGAUGUAUGUAAAAAAGGAGAAAAAUCUGUAAGUAGCCCAGAGUAUUACAUAUUUGCAAAAAAUAACAUAUGUACUUACCAUAUUUCCAGUUGUUUGUCGUGUCUGUAAAC